AUCUUCAAAUUUCAAAACCGCUGACAGUUCGUUUACAGAGCAAAAACAUGAAGUUCGUAGAAAUAUUAAGAGUGCACAAAAUUGGGUGUGCAAAAGAAGUCCCAGAAAUAUUCUCCGAAAAAAGCCCAAACGCUUUCUGAACCGAAGGCAAUCGAAUAAGAGAGUAGGGAGUAGGAGGAUAAAGGAAGGCAUAGUGCACGGCUAAAGAAGGAGAUGGCGGAGAUCAGCAUGGAGCAAAAGAGCGUCGUGGAGGGACAGAAACAAGUGUGGAAGAAGUAUGAGCAAAUUCAAAGGGAACGCGAGCAACUGUGGAAGGAAAAGAGUUAUUUUCACAGCAGAGUCAUGCUUCUAAAAUGUGCUCAAUCGAACGAGCGUGCCUGCCGAUCGCGGGACAACGCACAAUAUCUCGAGGGAGCCAUAGCGAGGACUGUGCAUCAAAAACAACACAGAAGUUGUAAAUCAACAAGACAGAGCAGAUAUCAGAAAGGAAACAUAAAGGCGGCGAUUAUGCGAGUAAGGGAAGAGAUGGCGGAGAUUAGUGAAACACAGAGUUCCAUCUGAGAGGGUCAGAGGCAAGUGAGGGAAAAAUUCGAGGAGAUGCGGAGAGAGCGUGAGUGAUUGAGGAAGGAAACGGAGGUUAUAUCGAAGCAGAGUGCGAGCAUCCAAUUACGUCUAAAUUUCAUGUUGCAAAUAUCAAAAGCAAAAGCUCAAGGCGAUUCUGUUCUGGCCGAUCAGCUUCUCCAGUCUCUCCGGUUGGUUUUGAUUUCCAUACCUUUCAACACUCUUUAUAUAGUGGUUAUCUCUAUAUAUUAUGCAUAUAUCUUAUGUUUUUCCUAUAUAUGAUAAAUAAAGUUAUUGUGCUUC